AUGGUGCAUUGCCGGGCGUGUGGUGUAACAACUUCAGCUCGAAAUUAUGGGAUAACGUUUCAUCGGUUUCCUAAAAACGAAAAUCAAAAAUGUGCCUGGAUAAAUUUUUGUAAUAAGGACAAAAGAUUAGACAAAAGUGUAAAUUAUACUACGCUUUGUUCGCAACAUUUCGACGAAUCAUGUUUUGACAGAACAUCAGCUAUGAAAGUUCGCUUGAAACCGUUUUCUAUGCCAACAAUACAUGUUUUAAGAUCAAAAUAUGAAAAAAUUGACGCAUCAAUAUGUUCACAGACAGAAAGUAUCAAUGAAACAUCUUUAACGAACAGGACAACUAACACGUCGACAGAUAUAGCAUCGAUUAAUUGUAAUUCUAAUAUGGAUAUUUUUAUGAUUAUGGAAAAGUCAACUGUCAAUGAUAUUUUACAAAUGAGUAAGUCACAACUCAUCGAGCAAACAAAUGUUGAUAUAGAAUUUCAACUAUCUAACAGAAAUAUUGACAUAGAAUCGUUGCCUUCUACUAACUUGGACAUAAUUAGCCAUAAAACUGAUGUUUCAUUGGAAAUUUUGCCAAGUGAUACAUCGAAGGAAGUUACAUUAAAGAAAAAAAUUGUAUCAUUAGGACGAUUACUUGCUGAUAAAUCGAAUGUUAUCAGAAAAUUGCAGAAAAAGAAUUGGAAUCAGCGAAAACAAAUAUUCAAAUUAAAAUCCAUUAUAAACGAACUUAUUUAACAAAACUUGGUAUCAAAUGACAACGUUUAUACAAUAAUGCAGGAGUUUGGACCAAAUAAACAACUAAUUAAUAGGUUAUUUCAAAAAAUGACAAAAAGCAUUGUUCAAAAACAAUAUC